AUGGACACGAGUUGGAUGUCUUUAUCAAGAGCUACCACCCAAUACGAAAAAGGUCUAGAUGAAUUUCUCGAUUAUAUUUUUUCAAUAGAUAGUAAAAAUGGUCAGAUUUUGUGUCCAUGUAUUGAUUGUUGUAAUCAAGUAUGGGUUGAUCGGGAGCAGGCUAAAAUGCAUCUGAUAUGUGUCGGGUUUAUCAAAGGCUAUAAAAUUGAACCUUUGAUUUCUGAACCAUGUGAUAGUCCUAUGUUGGAUGCCGAAGAUGACAUGCAAGGGUUGGUGCAUGAUGCCUUCCACGAGUUUGGUCAGAAUAGACACGAAAAUGAAAUAGGAACAGUAAAUGAAAGUAGGAGUAUGCCAAACACAGAAGCGAAGAAGAUUUUUAAAGUAUUGGAAGAUGCAAAGAAAGACCUAUAUCCUGGGUGUAAAAGGUUCUCCGUUCUUUCUAUUGUUGUUAGACUGUUCCAUAGUAAAUGUAUUGGGAACUGUAAUGACAAGGGCUUCAGCAUGAUGCUUGAUACUUUGAGGGAAGCCUUCCCUCAUGCUUCUAUACCGAAGUCAUUGUAUGAACUAAGAAAGAUAAUAAGAGAUUUGGGACUUACUUAUGAGAAAAUUGAUGCAUGUCCUAAUGAUUGUAUGUUGUACUGGAAUAAAAACAAAAACAAGGCAAAAUGUGAUACAUGCCAUAUGUCAAGGUAUAAAGCAAAUGAAAAUGAUUCUGAAGAUGAGUCAGUGUCGACCACAUCUAAUACAGAUAAAAAGAUUGGAGCAAAGGUUUUGCGUUACUUUCCCCUCAUCCCACGGUUGCAAAGGUUGUUUAUGUCAUCUAAAACUGCUGCCUCCAUGAGAUGGCAUGAUGAAAGUCGCACGAAAGAUGGUUACUUGAGGCAUCCCGCAGAUUCCCCAGCUUGGAAAACGUUUGAUUUUGAGUAUCCUGAAUUUGCUAAAGAAUCUCGUAAUGUCAGGCUUGGUUUAGCGAGUGACGGGUUCAACCCUUUUAGAACAAUGAGUGUUUCUCAUAGUACAUGGCCUGUUGUUCUGAUGCCAUAUAAUCUACCUCCUUGGAUGUGCAUGAAACAACCGUAUUUCAUUCUCUCCUUCCUUAUACCUGGCCCAUCUGCCCCGGGAAAUAAUAUAGAUGUUUACAUGGAACCUUUAGUGGCUGAGCUAAAGGAGUUGUGGGAUAUUAAUGGAGUAGAGACAUAUGAUGCAUCAACUAAGAGUAACUUUCAUAUGUGUGCUUCUUUGUUAUCGACAAUAAGUGACUUUCCAGCUUAUGCAAAUCUAUUGGGAUGGAGCACCAAAGAGGAACUGGAGAGGCAACCACGCGGCUUAACCGAGUCAGAAGUGCUUGAAGAGUUAAAUGGUUUUGAAAUUAAAUUUGGAAAACUUGUGAAGGACAACCCAGAUCUACCAUUUAAUUGGAAAAAGAGAAAUGGAAAGACCAAGGAUCAUUUAAAAGCACGCCUUGAUUUACAAGCAAUGGGUAUAAGACCUGAACUUCAUCCUGAAUUUCACGAUAACAACAAAGUGUAUAUACCACCUGCUUGUUUCUCAAUGGACAAAAAAGAGAAGGAAAUCUUUUGUCAUGUGCUUCAAAGGGUAAAAGUUCCAGAUGGACAUGCAUCUAAUAUAUCAAGAUGUGUACAGUUAAAACCUCCAAAACUAUUUGGCCUUAAAAGUCAUGAUAAUCAUAUUUUGAUGCAAGAGUUGCUUCCUGUUGCCUUGCGGAAUGUGUUACCUAAGCACGUCCGCCAUCUUGUGAUGAAGCUAUGUCAUUACUUUAAACAACUAUGCUCAAAAGUUCUUAAUCCAAAUGAUUUGGUUCAAAUGGAAAAUGAGAUUGGAAAAAUCCUUUGUGAUUUAGAAAGGAUUUUUCCGCCAUCAUUUUUUGAUGUCAUGGUUCAUCUUUGA